UUUCAAAAAAUAUUAAUGGUACUGGCGUGAGCGUGAGGAGGAAAUUUAUUAUUAUUCUUCGAAUAUGACGCGACGAAACGAUAUAUUCCAUCUAGAUUUUAACCAAGACCAAGGUGAAUUUUUACUAUCUGAAUUUCUCAGUGAUUUCUGUCUUGAGAACGACGGAUUCACGAAAUAUCCGCUAAUCUUCACCACCGGUGCUGUCUUGCGAAAGUGCUUCGUAAGAAAUCUCCAACUUACGUGCUCUUCAAAUGAUUGGCAGAACCUUUCCUCGUGGAAUAGGCUCUUGUGGUGAUUGUCGAAAGUAGAUAAAAUAGGCUUUUGAUGGAAUGAUAAUGUUGACGAAACGAGUGAGUAAAUUUGAAAAUAUGAGACACUCUGACUGUUAUUAUUGUUUACACCGAUUUAGGUUGUUUUAGCUGUACCAUGGAUGGAGGGCUUAGAAUUUAUAAUGUGGAGCCUCUGUCAGAAAAGGCUCGUGUUGGUGAGUCAAUCUAUAACGUGGUAAUUCUCAUUACAUCUAUGUUUUUAUUUCCACGUGUAAAAUCAUGUGUGAUGGUGGUGAUUUACUUAAUGUGAGAGGCUCGUGUGAAAUAAUGUCUGAUGAAAUAAUCGAUCUGGAAAGAAAAUACUAUCUAUGUCUCAAAUAUGUUACUAGCUGUAUCUAUAGAACAGAGAUAAACUUGUAGCAUAUACGAAUUUCUUUAGGGGUAAGUGCUGGUGUCAUGUAAGGAAAUAGAAAUGAGUGAAAAAAAACACUGCCUUGUGAUUUAAGUUAGCUAAUUUGCGCACCUGUAGACAUGUUUGUAAAUAGUUUUUCGUUAAGUUAUCAUUAUUGUUGUGUUUGCAGAUUUGAAUGAGCCAGUCCAGAUAUCCCAGGCUCACAUGUUACAUAGAUGUAACUUAUUAGCCAUUGUAGGAACGGGACCAGGAGCAAGAUUUUUUAAUGACAAAGGUAUCAUACGUACAUGUAAUAUCGAAUCAGACAGUAGCUGUUAGUGAGAGGGUUUCUUUUAAGAUGCAAAUUGUAAAGUGCAAUGUCACCCUUGUUAGUGUUACAUCCCACAUUUUGUGAAGUUAAGCCUUCUGUGAGAGGAGUCUUGUAAGUGCCACAGUGCAAUGGCAAAACUGUAAGGUAGUUAUGACUGUAAGUAAUGUCCCUCAAUUUAAAAAUGUCAAAAAAAAAAUUUAGAUGCUGCAUUUUGCUUUAGCACCAGCUUGCUUCAUAUAUCCCAUUAGACUCACUGAAAAAAACAUUUUCAAAACAGAUUUUUGUGCUAUAUUGAAAAUGCAAGUUUGAUAACACUAAAACAUACCUAUGACAAGCAACCUCGAAGAGUAAAUUUUCUGUUUCAUUGAUAUUUAGUGUACAUUUGGGAUGACCUGUUAAAAAAGCUUGUGAUGGAGCUCUCAUUUGGUUGUCCAGUUGUAAGCAUCAGGUUAAGAAGAGACAAGUAAGUUUUUGUGUUUACGUAGUACAUUACAUACAAUAGGAGGGUCUAAGGACAAAGAUGGAGGAGAGGGGGAGGGGAGGGAUAAAAAUGUCUGGCAACGCAUGUGUACAUGGAGAAAGUAUUAUCAUUUAUAGGGAUUAUCAUCCUUACUACAUUGAUUGUGCUUUCUUAAGACAAGUGAUCUGCCCACUAUAGAUGUUAAUUUUGUGGUGGUACAAUUUAUACCUUUCAGGCUUUUUGUAGUGCUGAAGACAAGGAUUCAAGUAUUUUCAUUUCCUAAAGAUCCAAAUUUGCUGUUUUACUUUGACACAAAAGAAAAUCCCAGAGGUACACUUUUUGUUAUAAUCACGAGAGACAGUUGCUCUUCAACAGUUUAUUGCAAGCUUUUGGAUAGCUAUUUGAAAUUAAACAGACUUCCCUUUAACCCUUUAACUCCCAAGAUCUGAUUCUCAAUUCUCCCCUCUAGCUGCUACAUAUUUCCUUCUAAAUAAGUUAUGAGAAUUUGUUGUCAGAUCAAAAUAACAACUCCUACCUGAUACAUUUGAGUAUUCUCAUUACCUGUUUGCUGGAUAGGGCAUGGAUAUUGUAGGGAGAAGUUACUUGUUAAUCACUUCUGGGAGUGAAAGGGUUAAUUGUGCAGCCUUUGUCUUUGGCUGUAUUUAAUUUUGUUUUAUGACUUUAUCUCUCACACAUUCCUAGGUCUCUGUGAAGUUUGUCCAAGUAUUGACAGGCCCCUGUUGGUUUUUCCAUCACGCAAAUGUGGAAGUAUACAACUUGUGGUAUGAUAAAAAUUAGUUUUGCUUAUCCUUAACUUGGUAUAGCCAUUUAAAUACGUAUACACCUGAUUUUCAAAAUGAUGACUGGUUAAUUUAGAAAGUUUGAGUUAAUUCUACAGUCAUGUGGGACACUGCCUGACUAGCCCAAUAGUAGAGGGGUAUUACUACAGACUUUUUCAUUUCUAAUCAUGUUAUGGAAGGCUAUCCAUGACAAGUAUCUGUUUCGAUUGCAUUUUUAACAUUUUCUUACAGUCCAUUUCAUGGUCACAGUAACCUUUCCCACCACCAGAAGUCACCUGUGAAAAGUUUAUGGAAACUCUUGAUGUUACAUAAAUUACUGUAGUUUCACACUGCACUAACAUAAUGUAAUGCUUUAAGCAUGAAUUAAAUCUAUGAGAAUCCAAUGUAAAGUACUUGCUAAUUGAUCUGCUGAAACUAAUACCCCAUUCACACCAACAAACACAUGUAGUUAGACCAGGUUUAACUUAAUAAAAACCAGAAGGAGAGAACCAAUAAACUGAACUUCCAUAGGUUUUAAGUAUUCUCCAACAUGUAUGUUCAAUUUGCUAAAUUUGAAGUAGACAAACAUCAGUUUAAACAGCUUAUAGGAAGAAACCAAUUUAAAACCAUGUGUAACAAAACAGCUUUAAAACAUGUUGAACCUUUGGUGUAAAUGGGGUAUAACUUAGCCAAACUUAAUUUGCCAUAAUUGAAUAAAGCUACCAAACCCAAGUGAGUUUGUCCAUUUUCUUCCAUUUAUCAUCUGCAUUGAGUUUAAAUUAUAACUGAGUUUGCUCAAAUUCUAAACUAAUUUAGGUAAGGUACCACAAUCACUUUUUUUUUUUCAUUCAAAAAUGUACAUAGCUCAAGCUACUCCAUGUUCUUUGUUUUGCUUCACAGGACCUGACCAAUAGACAACCAGAUACUUCAACAGCACCAUUUACAAUUAAUGCCCAUCAAGGUGAACUUGCAUGUCUAGCUGUCAACCAACAAGGUACUCAAGUAGCCACAGCUUCAGUUAAGGUGUGUGACAAUCUUUCCAGCCUCUCAUGAUAGAUUUGAAGAUGUAAUUGAAAGAAAACAAAGUAAAACUUCCUAAUUAAAAAUCUUCUUUAGUUGUAGCUUGCCAUCACAAGAAAUAUGGUUUAUAUGCAAUUUAAAUAGAUCUGAAAAUGAAAGUGGUACCUUUAAGCAGAAAUUGGUGUGGAAAAGGGUUAGGGUUUUGAAGUCAAGGUCGAACAUAUCCACAAAAUGUUUUGGUCAAAUAAGCAGACUAAAAUUGCACCCAAUGCUAAAAUCAAAAAUUGUGUAAACCUAUUAGUUAAUUUUUUUUUCUUUUUUUUCUUUUUCCUCUUUUUGCAGGGCACACUUAUCCGUGUGUUUGACUCACAAACCAAAAACUUACUGGUGGAAUUACGACGAGGGGCAGAUCCUGCCACUCUGUAUUGGUUAGUGAUUUCUUAAAUGUGGUCUGUUAUACAGUCAUGUAUUUUAUCUUGAACAUAAAAUAUUAAAAGAAAGCUGUGUUCUCUUGGCAGCAUUAAUUUCAGCCACGAUUCUGCAUAUCUGUGUGUCUCCAGUGAUAAAGGAACAGUUCAUAUCUUUGCUCUGAAGAACACUUCUUUGAACAAGAGAUCAAGGUAAUGGAUAUUGCCAUAACCCUUUCCUCUACUAGUUACGGUCUGUUUUUCAUGUUUUCAUCAAAUUAUCGCAUCAAGAACAAACUCAGAAGCAUUGCGUUCAGGGAUUUUUUUUCAAAGCAGUUUUAAGCACGAAACUUAAAGACGCGCACACAGCCAAUCAGGAUCAAGGAGUCAUACCUUCUUGAAAACCAAGUGUCUUGAAUUUGUUAAAAAAAAAAAAAAGCCUCCCUCUUUCUCACCUAUAACUGUAGUGUAUUAGGACAGCGGUAGUUCGCAAAUAUAUCCGGGAACUUAAAGUGUGUUGCGAGAGCGGGAAAGUAAGGAGUGAUAUACUUCGUGUGCUUGGAAUAAAGUGUAUGUUUUUAAGCUUUUGAGGCGUGCCUUUUUGGCUUCACUACGUUACAAUAACUCAGUUCAUUGUUCCCCAUUUUUGAUAUGUGUACUCAGUCACCAGUCAUUUUGGAUCAAUGUUGGUAUCUGAGUAACUGCGCACCUACCCCUCCCUAACACGAAAACAGUUUUGACCGACAACAAGUUAGGGUUAAUGGGGAAGGGGUUGGUGCGUAGUUGUUCAGAUACUGACAUUGAUCUGUGAUCGUUUAGUUUUACUCUGUUUUCUGAAUGGUCUGUUUCUUCGUCGAUGUUGUUCUUUUUCAGCCUCGCAAAGAUGGGUUUCCUGGGGCAGUACGUGGAAUCUCAGUGGGGUUUGGCAAACUUUACUGUGCCUGCUGAACAGCCAUGUAUCUGUGCCUUUGGGUCUGGCAGUUCUGUUGUUGGUGCGUAUUGAUAAUCUCAUUUAGGACUAAGAUCCAGAAUUUUAACGGCCUUAUAGCCCCUUUUUUUCAAUAGCAAAAGGCACGCUACAUAGAUUGUGUCUUACACGCUAAUUUAACAAGUUAACUCUAAGAAGAAUUGUAGUUUUGAGAUUCAACAUCAUCAAAAGAGUUUCGUCGUACACUUCCCGUGAGCCUGGAAGAUGGAGCGGGAAGUGGCGACUGCUGUAACUUUCCAAUGGAUCACUAAAUGAUGUAUGCGUUUUUCUUUUUUUUCUUUUGAACCAGUCAAAACUUUAGUUAGGUUAACAAAGUAUUUUGUAAAACUUUUAGGUUAUGGCAACUACAUGAACAACGACUUGCAAUCAUUAUAAUUUUUUUUUCUACGAUGUAGCUGUAUGCGUAGAUGGUACUUUUCACAAGUACGUGUUUACCCCAGACGGUAACUGUAACCGAGAGGCAUAUGACGUGUUUCUGGAGUUAGGCGAUGACAACGAAUUCUGAAAUUCUGAGUAAACAAUCUGGACGAGAGAUCUGCUUCACAGACAACGAUACAAACAUCGUGUAAGGGCAAAGAAAGAGGAGCAGCUUUCAUGACAAGGAUAAGAAAUUUUCAGCAUGAAACGCUUAAGAACUUUGGACGUAACUUUGUUGUGGAGAACUUACAGAGCACAGUGCUUAGCGGGAUCUGGAACUCGUGCAGAAGCUCUUCGGUGGCACCCUUGCCUCUCUCAGUGUAGUAACGAUAGCUAAUGGUUAUGACAAUAUGAAAGGAUAUGGUCUGAAUUUAAGACAUUUUGUAUAUUAUGUAAGAGAUAUCAAAGCUCAGCGUGAAUAUAGAAAUAUCUCUACUUGCUGUACAUAGACUGAAUUAAAAGGGGUUGUGUAUAAAUCACGCGCUUUCCAUUUUUAGAAACUUUGCAUGAUUGUACCCUGCAACAUUUGUCAUGUAUUGAAUAAGAUAAUUAUUCAUGAACAAAUAAUACAGGGUAUUUCAAUCCAUAGGUAUUUUCCUUUCUUCGUUAAGCCGGCGUGGCUUGUUUGAAAAUGGUG